AUGAAAUAUACUCAAAAUAUUGUAAAUACUGCUGACUCUUGGCUAACAAGUAAUUUGUUCAAUAACGAUUAUGUAUAUUACACUGGUAGAUUAGAGUAUACCUAAAUAGGUACUAGAGAAUUAGACGCUGGUUGGAGUCUUUUUAGUGUUGAGAUUGAUAUGGAUGAAGGUUAUGUAAAAUCUGGUAGAACUGUAAUGACUAUCUUAGAUGCAUUUUCAAUAGUUGGAGGUCUAAUGGGUAUAACUUUCACUUUCUUUUAAUAUUUCAUGGAAACUAUCCAAGAAAAAUUAUUCAUGUCUUCGAUAAUCAGCAAAAUAUUUUAUUAGACAAAGCCAGAGGAAUAAUAAGAUUCAAUAAGCUAACUUAAUACUGUGGGAUCUAGCACUAAUUCUCCCAAGGGAAGUGUUAGAAUCAAAUUUAUGCCAUAAAUAUCAGACAUAUCAAGCAAACCAACAAAUCCAAAUGCAUUUAUUUCUGAAAAACUUUUGCAUUUUAUCAAGACCUUAAAAUCUUUCAAAUAUGAAUACUAUGAGCUAUUCUCUUACACGAUAAAAAAGUUUCUUUGUAGAGUACUAUGUUCAAAAAAUAAAAUGCCUAGAUAGCAAUACAUCUAAAAUAAGUUAUACUAGAAAGCUCGAAAUACAAUUGAAAAUGAAUUCGACAUAGUUAGAGUUAUAAAAACUGUGAGAAAGGUAGACUUAAUAUUUAAGACUAUGUUCUCUAAGUAUUAAUCCUUCUUUAUUCCAAUUCUUAGAAAUAAUGUACUUUCGUAGAAUGAUAUUGAGUUGCGAGAUGCAGACUUUAAUGUCAAAGAAAUCCAAGAAAUAAAAAAGAUAGACGAUGAUAAGCUUAAGAUAUUUAUAUCGACACUUAUUAUGCAAAGUGAGAAAUCUAAAAUAGAUAAAAGAAUACUAAAGCAUUUGAGUGAUGAAUACCGCUAAAACUUGAGAUUAAAAAAAGUUGAUUUAAAAAAUAACAAGGUAGGAAUUUAGAUGAAGAAAAAUUUCCUUGGUAAUUUAGCAAAGAAACUGGAAAAUAAUGUUGAUUUGUAAAAGUAUAACCACGAUGAUGAGUGGAGCUUUUGA